AUGGUAGUGCCAUCAAAAACUAACAAACACUGCACUGCGUCUUUCCAACCCAUCUUUCUCCUUAUUCUUGUUUGCUUUAUCAAUUUCACAACUACUAAAGCAACGAACGGUUAUGAUAUUCAAUCUAUGCCUUGCUCCGAUAACAAUGAAACCAUUCUAAACAGUGUCUUUCAAAUAAAUCUCAAGACCCUUUUCUCAUAUUUGUCUUCCAACGCUACUGCCAACAAAGAGUUUUACAGUACCAUGGUAGCAGACAAAAACAACUCCUCCAACACAGUCUAUGGUUUGUUUAUGUGCAUGGGUGAUGUUCCUGCUCAUCUUUGUAGUCAGUGCGUUAUAAAUAUGACUCAUAACAAUUUUUCGGACUCAUCAACUAGCACUGAUUGUUCCUCGUCCAAAGAGGUUAUGAUUUGGAAUGAUGAUUGCAGGGUACGAUAUUCCAACAACUCUUUCUUCACUCAUGACUUUAGUGUACUUUCUAGCUCAUGCUCCUCUGUCAUCUACCAGUCAAACCAGGCAAUAUUAGAGCACUCAGUUUCUGAAACUUGGAAUGGAGUGGCAGAUGAGGCAGCAAAUUCUUUAAUUGGCGUCAAGAAGUAUGCAACAAAGGAAGUAACGUUAUCUGAAUUUCAAACCCUUUAUUUUCAAGCUCAGUGCACACCUGACCUUUCGCCACAAGAUUGUCGGAAAUGUCUGAAUACAACCAUAACAGAUUUACUUCAGUCUUGUGAAAGUGAAACUAACACUAUAAUAGUAGGGAGCUCUGAAAGCUACAGUUGUUACAUCAGAAAUGAGGUGUACCCUUUUUAUCGCCCUAGUAAUGCUCCAACCCCACAAGAACUCGUUCCAGCUUCCAAUACAAUUGAUUCAAAAUACUCACAGCAUCCUUCUUAUCUUUCCCACAAUUGUUCAAGAAAUGACACUGAUUUACAGUUACAUCUCACAACAUUAUUCUCUUCUUUGUCUUCAAAUGCCAUCUUAACUAGUUUUUUCAAGACGACUGUGGAGACGACUGAGGAGACAUUAUAUGGCCUCUUUAUGUGUCGUGGUGAUAUAGCCCUCUCCCAUACCCUGUGUCAGUUGUGUGUCCAAGAUGCAACCAAAAGAAUAUCAUCAGAAUGUCCUUCCUCCAAAGAAGCUGUAAUUUGGUACGAUAAAUGCUUACUCCGUUAUUCCUAUCACUCUCUCAUUUCAGAUAUUAAUACAACCGCGCCUAAAUUUCACCAAUUCAAUAUGGCCAACACUUCUCACCUCAACAUGCUGCAAAGCUUUGCUACUUGGAAACUAGCAGAUAUUUUAUCUCAAGUGCAAAAUUUGCAGACAGGAGAUAGUACUCUAAAAAAUUAUGAAACAAAAUCGGUAAAAUUGAAUGAUCAUCAAACCAUUUACACUCUUGCUCAAUGUACACCAGAUCUGUCUGAUGGGGAUUGUGGCUCUUGCUUGCAAAACAUUUUCCAAUACGAAAUUCCUUGGAAUAGUUUGGCAAGUCCAGAGGGGAAAAUUCUAUAUCCAAGCUGCUAUAUGAUGUUUGGACUGUCCCAAUUCUACAACAAUGGUAAUGAACCAGAGGAGUCCGGGCAUGUUAAUUCUCCUCCUACAACAAAAGAAAAUGAAAAAAGAAGGUCGCGAACGAUGAUAGUUGUUGUCCCAACCAUCCUUUCCACAUUACUGUUAGCAUUUUUCUGCUAUUUGCUAAGGAAAAGAGCAAGAAAGAGCAGUUAUAAAACCUUAAUUCUAAAAAAAAAUUUUGGUCAUGAAAGUACGACUUUAGAGGGUUUGCAAUUCGAAAUGGCAGCAAUUAAAACAGCAACAAACAACUUUUCACAUGAAAACAAGAUUGGCGAAGGUGGAUUUGGACAAGUUUACAAGGGAAUUCUUUCUGAUGGAAGACACGUAGCUGUUAAGAGGCUCUCAUCAAGUUCAAAUCAAGGCAUAGUUGAGUUCAAGAAUGAAAUUUUAUUGAUAGCUAAGUUACAACAAAGAAAUCUUGUGGCAUUAAUAGGUUUUUGCCUAGAAGAUCAAGAGAAGAUUCUUAUUUAUGAAUAUGUGCCAAACGGGAGCCUUGAUUACUUUUUAUUUGAUACUCAACAACAAAAUUUAAGUUGGGAUGCACGUUACAAAAUUAUAGGAGGAACGGCUUUAGGAAUUCUUUAUUUACAUGAAUAUUCUCGUCUCAAAGUCAUACAUCGUGAUCUUAAACCAAGUAAUGUUCUAUUAGAUGAAAAUAUGAAUCCUAAAAUAUCAGAUUUUGGCAUGGCUAGAAUGGUUCAAAUAAAUCAAGACCAGGGAUAUACAAACAAAAUUGCUGGAACAUGGGGUUACAUGUCUCCAGAGUAUGCAAUGCUUGGACAAUUUUCAGAGAAGUCAGAUGUUUUUAGUUUUGGUGUCAUUGUUUUAGAGAUUAUUACUAGAAAAAGAAAUAUAAGUCUUUAUGAUCCACAUCAUGUUACCGAAGGCCUCACAAGUUAUGUAUGGAGACAGUGGAUAAAUGAAACUCCAUUAAUCAUAUUGGAUUCAAAAAUAGAAAAGUAUUCUCUAAUUGAAGUUAUUAAGUGCAUACAGAUUGGUUUGUUAUGUGUUCAAGAAAAUCCAAAUGUCAGACCAACAAUGUCAACGGUUGUUUCAUAUCUCAACAGUCAUUCACCGGAGUUGCCAUCACCACAAAAACCAGCAUUUUUCAUACACAAUAGAAUGAAUCAAGAAGCAACAACACAAAUGGAAUCAAGUUCGGCCAAUAAUUUUGUAUCAUUUUCCGUCAAUGAAAUGUCUAUAAGUGAAUUUUAUCCUCGAGAAUAGGUUAAUUUAUUUUCAUUAAACAUAUACUUGUUUUUUUUGGUGAAUAUUUAUAAAUAUGGCUAAAUAUGUUUUUCCCUUUUUAAAUAUAUCAACUUUUGUUUUUAGACCCAGCAAACAAAUUUUAACACAGCUACUGAGACUGACCUAACUCUUUAUCAAGACU